ACAGCCUCAUGAAAGCCUUUGCUUUCGGAUAGCCACAAAGCCACCCGUCUACAAUUGGCACAAUCGCACAAAGACUGGUCUGUGGAGGAUUGGGGCCAGGUGAUGUUCACAGAUGAGUGCACAUUUACCCGAAAAGGUCGCGAGAGACUGAAAGUUUGGCGUCAAGACAAUCAUCGGCGCGUCAGCGGGCAUUGGGGAAAGUACUGCCCUGCACUUUGCUUCCCUUGGCUGCGCGCUUUCUCUCAUGGCAAGGAGGAAAGCGCCACUUGAUGACGUUGCCAAGGCGUGCUGUGACAAUGGCCUUCCAAACGACAAGGUACUCGUUGUACCCGGAGACAUAUCAGUCGACGAGGAUGCCGCCGCUGUUGUAGAGAAGACCGUGAGGCACUUCGGAAAACUUGAUAUUCUAGUAAACAACGCUGCAUUAAGGGUGGAAGGAUACACGGACACUGUAACUUUGGAGCAAUUUGACAGAGCUUGGAAUGUCAACCUUCGUGGUACGCUUUGUAUGAUUCGGAACGCUAUACCCCAUUUGCGUCAAAGCAAAGGCACCAUUAUCAACAUUUCCAGCGCUGCGUCAUCAACAGUGGUGCGCUACUUGACUCCAUAUAGCGUGACGAAAGCAGCGCUGGACCACCUGACAAGAUGCACGGCGUUUGAGAACGCGCCAUAUGGUGUGCGGGUGAACGCGAUCAACCCUGGUGUGAUCAAGACAACCUUUGGGAUGCGCCCUGGAGACAACGCGCAGGAAAGGAUGGAGAAGCUCGAGAAGAUGACAAGCAGCGCACACGCGCUAGGCCGAAUCGGAACAGCACAGGAGGUCGCUCGCUGCAUCGCUUUCCUGGCUUCUGAGGAUGCCUCGUUCGUCACUGGGAUCACGAUGCUCGUGGACGGGGGCCUGACGCUCUUGUCCAGCCUCACGGGGGCGAACCCUUGGCACAAGGAAUAGCGGACUGCACGAGAACAAAGCAACUGGCUCCGGCGACGUCUCCGAGUUUCGAGGAUUAGCAACAGAGAGCACAGUAAACUAGUGCUAUAGUACAGAACGAAAUAAGACUGAAUUUUCUCACAAA